AUGGGUGAAAAUGAUACGAUAAAUAAAAUCACUGGUGAUAUUCAACUACUUGCGCUCGACUUUGAUACCAGACAAGAUGGAUGUCCGGCGAAUAAUAAGGAAGAGGAGUCCACCGACCCAGAAGCAGGCGACGGACUAGAAAGCAGUAGCGGCUCAUCGACGCUUCGAAGGUAG